AUGCUUUUCUACAUAUUAAUCUUUCUUGGCAUUGUUUCUCUGUGGUGGCACUGGAAGGCAAGAAAUGAGCUAAAGGUUACAAAUCUCACUGGCAAAUAUAUAUUCAUCACUGGAUGUGACACAGGCUUUGGAAAUCUGGCAGCGAAGACUUUUGAUAAAAAGGGAUUUCGUGUUUUUGCUGGUUGUCUAACUGAAACGGGAGCCAGAGAGCUAGCAGCUGUGACCUCCAAGCAGCUUCAGACAGUGCUGCUGGAUGUGAGAGAUUCAGACAAUGUUAAGAAAGUGGCUGCACAGAUCAAAACUGAAGUUCGGUCUGAAGGUCUCUGGGGACUUGUCAAUAAUGCUGGGAUCACUGGGCAAUUAGCUCCUACAGACUGGUUGGAUAUUCAGCACUUCAGAGAUCCAAUUGAAGUUAAUUUAAUUGGACUCAUAAAUGUUACAAUAAAUAUGCUUCCCUUGAUAAAGAAAGCAAAGGGAAGGGUAGUAAAUGUAUCCAGCAUUGGAGGUCGCCUAGCAUUCAGUGGUGGAGGCUAUUUCCCUUCAAAGUUCGGGGUAGAAGCAUUUAAUGACAGCUUAAGGAGAGAUAUGAAAGCUUUUGGAGUUAAGGUUUCUUGCAUUGAACCCGGACUGUUCAGAACAGCAUUAUCAAAUCCAGCAAAGACUAUGAAAGAAAAGGAGGUUAUCUGGAAUCAGCUUCCUCUCAGUAUUAAAAAGCAAUAUGGAAAUGAGUAUUUGCAGAAAGUUUUACAGAUGCAGCAAAGAAAGAAAAGAUGUCCAAGAUCUGUCUAAAUAGAGACAUUUCACUGGUUGUUCAGUGUAUGGAACAUGCCCUAACGAGCCUCCACCCACGCACCCAUUA